UGCAGACGAAGUUCUCUCAUCAACAAGAUCACUCAACAACCAUGAGGUCUCUGGUGUUUGUUCUGCUCAUUGGAGCUGCUUUUGCCUUGGAGGACGACAAGAUCGUCGGAGGGUAUGAGUGCACACCCUACUCUCAGCCCCAUCAGGUGUCUCUGAACUCUGGCUACCACUUCUGCGGUGGCUCCCUGGUCAACGAGUACUGGGUUGUGUCUGCUGCUCACUGCUACAAGUCCCGUAUUGAAGUUCGUCUGGGAGAGCACCACAUUGGCCUCUCUGAGGGAACUGAGCAGUUCAUCAGCUCCGCUGCUGUCAUUCGUCACCCCAGUUACAAUAGCUACACCAUCGACAAUGACAUCCUGCUGAUCAAGCUCAGCAGUCCUGCCACCCUCAACCAGUAUGUGCAGCCUGUGGCUCUGCCCAGUAGCUGUGCUCCUGCUGGCACCAUGUGCAAAGUCUCUGGCUGGGGCAACACCAUGAGCUCCACUGCUGACAGUAACAAGCUGCAGUGUCUGGACAUCCCCAUCCUGUCUGACAGGGAUUGUAAUAACUCCUACCCUGGAAUGAUCUACGAUUCCAUGUUCUGUGCCGGAUAUCUGGAGGGAGGCAAGGACUCCUGCCAGGGUGAUUCUGGUGGCCCCGUUGUGUGCAACGGUGAGCUGCAGGGAAUUGUUUCCUGGGGAUAUGGAUGUGCUGAG